CUUAAAGCAGUCUAGUGGCAACUAUGUUUAAGAGAGCCAGCAUUCCUCCAGGGCUGCCUAGACCUCAGCCAGUCAACACUGUGGAACUAGCCUCUCUGCUGAGGUCUGAGCCCUGAGCACCCUCCCAUCAAGGCAAAGGAUCUCCAAGACCCAGAGCUGGUUUACUUCUUGAUGUCAGGCACCAGGAGAGUUUCCCAGGAUCUUAGCCCCUGAAGGAGCAGCCCAUGCACCCCUCUCAGCAGUGAACCAUCCUGCCACUGAGAAGCACCAAGUAGCCAGUGGAAGCCCUCACCAAGCCCCCCCAUCAGAGUCAAAGUGCUGUGACUCUCCCCUCAAGAUAUUGAUGACUAUGUUGAAGUUGGUGCCCUUCCUGGUGUUCCUCAAGCAGUCCUUCAGAAGCUCAUCAACCUUUGUUCCAAGGAGUGAAUGACUGUCUUGAGACUCCACCAGCCCAUUCACAAAGAGUAGGAAGUCUUUCUCAAUGUGAUAAGAUGAGCCAAGCACAUAAGCAACAACCUUGAAGCUGAAUGUAACAAAGCAAGAAGAUGGCUAAGAUUAGCACCCAAUACUCCCACCCUACUGCAAGAACCAGGGACAGAGAUCUGGACCACGUUGAAAAUGGCCUCAGCAGGGUCCACUCGCCUUGCGAGGAGACUUCAUCAGAACUGCAGCAGGAGAUCGCCAUGGAGACCAGACGACUGGCUGAAUCCAGGCGAAACUCCUACACCAGCCAGGGGCCCUCCAGGUUGUCUCGCCUGAUCAUCUCACUGCGAGCAUGGGCCACCGGGCACUUACAGCACGAGGACCAGAGACCUGACUCCUUCCUGGAGCGUUUCCGUGGAGCUGAGCUCAAGGAGGUAUCCAGCCAAGAAAGCAAUGCCCAGUCAAAUGUGGGCAGCCAGGAGCCACCAGACAGAGGGAGAAGGAAAAAAUUAAACAAGAAGGACACCAUGGUGGUGGACCCCUCCAGCAACGUGUACUACCACUGGCUGACGGUCAUCGCCCUGCCUGUCUUCUAUAACUGGUGUCUGCUGGUAUGCAGGGCCUGUUUCGAUGAGCUGCAGUCUGACCACGUGAUGCUGUGGCUAGUCCUGGACUACUCGGCAGAUGUCCUCUAUGGCUUGGAUCUGCUGGUGCGAGCUCGGACAGGCUUCCUUGAGCAAGGCUUGAUGGUCAAGGAUGCACAGAGGCUGUGGAAGCAUUACACAAAGACCGUGCACUUCAAGCUGGACAUGUUGUCCCUGGUCCCCACAGACCUGGCUUAUUUUAAGUUGGGUGUAAACUACCCAGAGCUGAGGUUCAACCGCCUACUGAAGCUUGCCCGGCUCUUUGAGUUCUUUGACCGCACAGAGACAAGGACCAACUACCCUAAUUUAUUCAGGAUUGGGAACUUGGUCUUAUACAUCCUCAUCAUUAUCCACUGGAAUGCCUGCAUCUACUUUGCCAUUUCCAAGUUCAUUGGUUUUGGGACAGAUUCCUGGGUCUAUCCAAACAUCUCAAACCCAGAGUAUGGGCGCCUCUCUAGGAAGUACAUUUACAGUCUCUAUUGGUCCACCUUGACCCUGACCACCAUCGGAGAGACCCCACCCCCUGUGAAGGAUGAGGAGUAUCUGUUUGUGGUCAUAGACUUCCUAGUGGGAGUCUUGAUUUUUGCCACCAUUGUCGGCAAUGUGGGAUCCAUGAUCUCAAACAUGAAUGCUUCACGGGCCGAGUUCCAGUCCAAGAUUGACUCCAUUAAGCAGUAUAUGCAAUUCCGCAAGGUGACCAAGGACUUGGAGACACGGGUGAUCCGGUGGUUUGACUACCUGUGGGCAAACAAGAAGACAGUGGAUGAGAAGGAGGUGCUCAAGAGUCUCCCAGACAAGCUGAAGGCCGAGAUUGCCAUCAACGUGCACCUGGACACUCUGAGGAAGGUCCGCAUCUUCCAAGACUGCGAGGCGGGGCUGCUGGUGGAGCUUGUGCUCAAGCUGCGGCCCGCAGUGUUCAGCCCAGGGGAUUACAUCUGCAAGAAGGGAGACAUUGGGAGGGAGAUGUACAUCAUCAAGGAGGGCAAGCUGGCUGUCGUGGCCGACGAUGGGAUCACCCAGUUCGUGGUCCUCAGUGAUGGGAGUUACUUUGGGGAGAUCAGCAUCUUAAACAUUAAGGGAAGCAAGGCGGGGAACCGCAGGACAGCCAACAUCAGGAGCAUUGGUUACUCAGACCUGUUCUGCCUUUCCAAAGAUGAUUUGAUGGAGGCUCUCACUGAAUAUCCAGAAGCCAAGAAAGCUCUGGAGGAGAAGGGACGGCAGAUCCUGAUGAAGGACAACCUGAUUGACGAGGACGUGGCCAAGGCUGGGGCGGACCCCAAGGAUAUUGAGGAGAAGGUAGAGCACCUGGAGUCCUCCCUGGACACCCUGCAGACCAGGUUUGCACGGCUCCUGGCCGAGUACAAUGCCACCCAGAUGAAAGUGAAGCAGCGUCUCAGUCACUUGGAAAGCCAGGUGAAGAUGUGUGGGAGCGACCUUCUGUCUGAUGGGGGUGCUCCUGGGGAUGCUGCAAAAGCAGAGACCAAACAAGAGUGAAAUGCAGGUGUCCAUCUCCUGCUUCCCAGAGUCAGCCAUCCAUGUGAUGCAUUGUGGCCGCAGCUGCACAGCCCAGGACUCGGCAGGGUUGCAUUCCAGUUCUCCUUACCCUUUGCAACUGUGUGGCCCUGAGAGAGAGCCUCAGUUUCCUCAUCUAGAAAGGGGGACUCAUGCCAGCCCCACUGAAAUGGGAGGUUACUGUGAUGUCCACAUGGAACACUGCAUAAGGCAGGACUUUGUAUAAUGUGAGGUGUCCCCAAUCCACACAUAUGAAAGUGUGGGCACAGAACUCUUAUUUUUUUAAUCCACGAGGAAUUUUGAGACUUUUGAACUUUAUUUUCUUGUAAAUGGAAGAUUAUUUAGUCAUCUACCCCUUCUCGCACCCCACUCCACCAGCUUCUCAUAAGGGAGAUGUAACAGAAGCUAGAAGUGCAAUGUGGGAUCUCAAAUCCAUCCUUACACAAGACAGUUUGGGGCACAUUUCUGAAUCUAGUUUCUCCUCAUGUACUCUUUGGGACCCUCAAAAUCCUGGCCAUUGGUCGUGCUAUGAUAAGCACAAGGGAUGAAGCCAGGUCACCCCAUUUGAGGUCACUUUGAGCCUAUGAAGCAAAUCCAGACUCCCCGCCAUCCAGCCCCUGUGAAACUGGAAUCUGUUUAGAAAAGAAUAUUUUGAUGAGAGAAAGAGACAUCUCCUAACUCACCAAAGGAUUUAAAGACAGCCUCUCCCCUCGUUCCUCAGUCAGGAACAGGGACAGCCUGUUCUGGCUUGAGGAGGAGAAUUAUGCUCUGGGAGAGCCUUUCAGGUGGAAGGUUGGAAUGGGGUCCUGGGUCAAGCAAAGCUGACAACUAAAAUUUUUAGAAGAUCGGACCCUUAGGCCAUAUCUUUGCAAACUGCCCCUCCUCUCAAAGAAGCAGCCUCACUCUCCCUUGGAAUUCUACCCCGAGGCAAAGCUCUCAGCUAGCAGGAAGUGUGCACAGUGAAGGACCUAGCUUUUUUCCUUUUUUAAUCUGGUAAAUAGAAUUCCAUUACCAUCAUAUAAGAUAUUUCUGUAUUUGGGUUCUAUGAUUGCGAAUUAUAACCUUAAUGGUCCACUUAAAUACAUAUUGUAAAUUACCCAAAGGUGAGUCAUUUUUCUGUUGCAGAGAAGCUAUAUAUAUGUACAGGUUUUCCUUCUCUGUCUCCUCCUUCCCUCCCUCCCUCCCUCCUUUCUUCUUUCCUCCUUUCCUCUCUCUCUCUCUCUCCCCCCUUUCCUUCCCUCUCCCUUCUCCCUCCCUCCCUCUCUUCCUCCCUUCCUUCUUUCUCUUCCAACUUCUCCUCUUUCUUCUCAGAAAACAAUGCCCCAUUUUGCUUUGGGAACUUCAAAACCUUUGUGGUCUGAUGUUAUAAUCCAUAUGCUAUAUAACUGGACCCUAACGUAGUUCAUACAAAAGGUGCUGCAUUUUCAAGUAUGUAUUUUGGAUUUAUAUGAGUCUCUUCUGAUUUUUAUUAUGGAUCAUGUGACCAUUUUUAACUUUCUAAAAUGAAUUUAAAAGGACUAUUAAAGGAAGAUGUGAUCCAAGCCCAUAUCAUCAGCAAACUGUAACUAGCAAUGUAUCCUCCAAAUGCAUAUAUUUUAAAAAGCCUUAAUUAUUAAUUAUGCCUAUGUUUAUAUUUGCACAAGAAAAAUAGAGACCUGGAUUUAAAAAAUA